AAAGGCUUAAAGAAAUCCGAGUCAGUCAGACGGAUAUUAUACAAGAGAGUCAUAAACAUCACAAAGAGAUUCGUGAUAAAAGAAUAAAAAAGAACGAAGGAAUUAGUUUAUAGUUUAUAUUAAAAAUUUCUUUUUAGAAUUAGCAAAUUAAUGGAUAGGCUUCAAAAAAUCAGCCCUUCAACUUCUGCUGCAAGUUUGACUUUCAAUGGCACACCAAAACGUACUCUGACCCCUUUACGUCCUGGAACUCCUCUUCAUGUAAUUAAUGAAGAAAAUGAUAAUGUAGCAAAUGAAAAUAGAUGCACACCUGUUAUAAGAAAUCCUUUUGAUGUUAAAGCUGAAUCUUUAUACUUACCUGCAUGCUCACCAUCUGUGUUUGCAACUUUACAAAGAAAUGAAGCAGAAAAUGGAUCUUUUCGAUGGUCGAUUGAGCAUUUGUCUUAUCUUUAUCCAGCUGAUAUAGAUGAAACUUCUUUACCUGAAACAAGGGUAGAUGAAGAGCAAGAAGUAAAAGCUCAAAAAGCUAUUGAUGCAUUUUUCUCACAAAGUAGCAUUGUUCCAUCACCGUGGAGCUCUUCUCCUAAAGAAGGGAGCACUAAUAUUAAACCAAGACGAAGGACACGUGUAAAUGUAUUAUUUCAAGGUGUUCAACGCUGUGAAGCUACAACUCAAACUUCACUUAGCAUUCCACCUAAUGUAGAUCUGACCAAUAUAUUAGGAAAAUAUUUUACUUUUAAUGAAGAUGAAGAAAAUAAUACUAGUUCAAAAGAAAAUUCUCGUGAAGAUGCAGAUUCGAGUACUUCUUCUUUACGCCGAAAGCUUUUUGUUGCAGACGAAGAAAAUCAUUCUCCAUGCAGAUCUGAAAUUAAAAAUCUUCACUCUACUAAGAGAUGGAGUAACUCUCCUGUACACAUGCGUAGUGUUCAUUCAACUCCAUCUUCUGAUGUGCUAUCAUCUAGUCCUAUUACGCCACCUAAUUGUAGUGAUUCUUGCAACAUAUUAUCAUCACCACCAGUUUCUCCUAUUAAAGCUUGUAACAGGAGUCCUUUGUAUCCUUCAGAAUUUGUAACAGAUGCUGAAACUGAGACAUAUAAUAUUCAGCAAGAAAAUGAAGGAACAGCAGCAUGGAAAAGCGGCAAUAAUAAUAAAAAAUUCCUCAACAGCUCUGUGAACCAUGAAGGAGAAAGCUUUAUGAGUUUUUGUGCUGAAUCCCAAGAAACGAAUCCUUUCCCAUCUUAUGUGUCUGAGAAACAAGAUACUGGUUAUGCCACUGGAAGCAUCGCUUCAUUCCAAAACAUGACCUCCUCAGAAACCAAUUAUGGCGUUGUUUCAAGGAUUAGUCCUGUCACAGAACUUAUGGAAGAGUGUGAGCUUUCUAAUUCAGCCUCCUGUGAUAUGUCAUUCAAGAAUGAUUAUAUGUCAAUCGAUGGUGUUUCCUCAGCUGAUUGUCAGAAAGCAAACGUUCUUAAUUCAUGUAAUUUUAAAACAUAUACAUGGGUCCCAACUUGUUGCUCUACCCCUGCUCAAUGUACUCAUUCACAACAAAUGACAAAAUAAGUAAUAUUUUAUCAUUUAUAUUUUAUUUUAUUAAUUAUUUGACAACUUACUGCCAAAAUAUGCAUACAUAUCAUUUUUAUAAACACUUUGUUGCUGUACAUCAACUUCUGUGAUGCCAUAAGCACUUUGUUCUAUAAGAUUUAGACUUCAGACAUUUUAAAUGAUUUUUUUUUUCUCUCAAUUGUGUGUUCUUUUUCAAUUAAUGAACUUAUAUCUAUAUACGCUUUUUGUACUUUGUAAAUUUCAUCUUAAUUUUAUUCAAUUAAAAGCAAAAUGAACUGCAGGAUAAUAUAAAGUUUCCUGUGAACAAAAAGUAUAAGAAAUCAAAUA